ACCCCGAAUUGUGUUUGGCCAUCAUAAAAGGUAAAUAUCAUGUUUCUUGUCAAGUGGCAAAAAGCUACCAAAUACAUUGUUUACGACCGGUUUUAAUAUAAAGCAAAGGUUUGAUCUGUCUGACAUUUAAAACUUAAUAGGGUUGGAUAGCAUGAUGGCGUGUCGACGAACUGCAUUCAGAUGUCUAAAUAUAUUUGCACUUUCAAGAGGGGUCGCUCGGCUCCAGAACGGAACUGCAGCUAAACAAAUUAAACCUUGCGCUGUUCUUAUCAAAUGCUUUCUCGCUGUUUUUACAUCCAAAGAAACAUAGCGGUAUGUUUACAGCAAAAAAGUAAAUAUAUAUUUAUAUAUAUAUUUCCUACAAUAGCUUAUACGGUAGAGUGGUUUGAUAGAAAACGGCUAAGAGUUAUCAGACAAAUGUAUACCAUUUUCCAUUGAUUUCUUUUGUUACUUGAUUUCUUCAUUGCUAUCACUCUCCAUGAAAUCUCUAAUGAAAACAAGAAAACCGAUCUCUCAACCUGUCGGGGUUAAUUUUAGACCCUCUACUCGAGAGGGAACCUACAGUUGGUUCUGAUUGGCUGGGGCGUUUCGCUGCUAGACCAUAGCGCAACAUAGUCAUUGGAUAUCAUCUUUACAGUCGAAGGGCUCGUCGAAAAAUAACAGAGUUCUGUCCUUUUUGCUAAAUAUAAAUCCUCUUGAACUUGGGGAGGCUGUACACAUUGGCUGCACCGUAUCACACAUCGGGAGGACGGGUAAAUACGACAGAUCAUCAUCGUCUUUGUUCGGCGGCGGGGUCGGCACCCUUGGAAAACACAAUGUCGUGCUGUCCCUAGAUGUCCAUAGAUGCCUCUAGAUAUUCCAAGAUGUUUCUUGAUGCUUCAGAUAACUGCACAUCUCUGGCAGCAGGGGAUAUUUGUUCAAGUACACUCAAUGUUGUCUUCCAAAGCAUCCUGGGUCCCAGCGCACUGACGGCAAACAUCUUCCUCGGGGCAGCUGCGUACUUGCGAUGGACACGUGGCAGAUCACCUGAAAAGAUCCUGAUCUUCAACUUAGUGGCGUGUAGCCUGGUAAUGGUAGUGGUCCUACCGAUACACGCCCUCUUGGUGACAAAGCUCGGAUCGUUCUUACUCUGUGACCGAUCAUUAUGGCUGUUGUAUAGAACAAGGGAGGAGAUACAACUCAUCGCAAACCUUGCUACUCUUGCAACAUUUGUCGCCAUCGCUUAUGAUAGAUUUGAAGUCUUGACGAAGUUUCCAAAUCAGAGAAGGCUCACCGUGAGGCUUGCUUGUAUGCACGUCGUUUGCGCGUGGUGUGUGUCUUUACUGAUUAUACUACCAUUGUAUAACGGACCCCUGCGACCGCAUUGUGUCAAAAAGUGUCUCCAAGGCUCAGAUCUUGCACUAUCCUGCAACGGCCUGGCGAUCAACCAUACCAGUGCGACUAUUCGAAUAGCAGUAGUGACGGUCUAUAUCACAGUGUGCUGUAUCGGCACCAGUGUAAGCCUCCUGCGGGCCACGUGGGAGAUGCGGGCCCACAGGCAACAGAUAGAAGUAAUGUAUGGCAUUGUGCGCGCCCGAACAGAAGUGAACUUCACAAAGCUUGUUAUCGCAAUCUCCUUGACUUAUAUCCUUACGUGGACGCCGACUGGAGUAGCUCGAAUCAUCGUCACGUUAGAUCUCAGCCUAACUAGAUUGUGCGUAGACCUGUGGUUAGUUUCGUGGUCAUUUAUGAGCGCCUUGCUAACCCCAGUUAUCUACAUUAAGAUGGACAAGAGAAUAUUACUAGUGCUCAGAAACAGAGUAUGCAGAUAUUUCCGCGUUGCACCUCUUGCCACCCGGCCGUCCUUUUCUACCGACGUCAAGUGAUGAUAUUGAGGUUCUGUGUAUCCGGUUACACCCUAUAUAGCUAGCUUUUGAGUCAAGGUUGGAUCUCACAAGCGCAAGCACAACGCGCGUAAUUGUCCGAUUAUCACUAGAACACAAG